AUGCCGAAAAGGCAAAGAGAAGAUGAGCCCAAACAGGCGCCUCUGAGCGCUCUCGCAGCACGCAGACUCCGUUGGCUUACUGCUGGUGCACAGCACCCUGAGUCGAAAGAGGUUGAGAGGGUAGGGAAGGAGAAGGAAGAAGGGAAGGCGCUGGAAUUAUCGAAUGAGGAGACACACAGGCUUAGGGAGGUUGAAAUGGAGCUGAAGAAGGGUGGUGGCAGUGGUGGUGGGAAGAGGGUUGUUAUCAGUCAUGUGCAGAUUUCGUCUGGGGGUGGUGAAGCGGUGCCUACAUAUUCGGCCGAGGCGAUGGCAGCGGCGCCGGGAGGUCAGGGCGGUGUCGAAACGGAGACGGACACGAAGGUUGAUAAAGAGGUCCGGAUGUCGAAUUUCACACUCACUUCUGAAAACUACAUUCCCGCUCAAGAUGGGAGUUGCGUUGUCCGGAUGGCACCCGGGGAGACUCUUGUGAUCCUUGGGGAAUACGAACUCCGCGUGAGAAAAGGGGCCAUCACUAUCUCCGGCGCAAAAUUAACUCGCCAGUCCGGGUGUUGUCAGGUGUUUGCACCGAGCACGCAUGCCUUACCAGAGAUCGCCUGCGUGAAGGUUAAGAGGAAAGGAGAGGAUUCUGAUGCGGAGGUUUUAUUCACGCAGGCGGAGUCUGGGAUACGGAAUUUGGGGAGGACAUGUCCGGUUGCUAAUGGGAUUUGGGUGCCAGUUGGGGGGGAUGGCGGGAGGUCUUUCCAUCCAUUGUUUACCACGAGCGCACCCUUACCGGUUCUCACUAUUCCGAAGCAGUGGGAGGAGACGCUCGGGGGAAUUGAGAAGGUCGCUAAUCCCGGAAAUACCGCACCCCCGGUCAUUCUCCUUUCUGGGGGAAAGUCGGUUGGAAAGUCCACACUCUCUCGGAUCUUCACGAACCGGCUCCUCACCGCAGAAACCUACCCGAGAGUCUACUACUUAGACGUCGACCCGGGUCAACCCUCCUUCACGCCCCCGGGCUUCCUCUCCCUCCACUUGCUUGAGCGACCCAUCCUCGGACCCCCCUUCACUAGCCCGCUUCUACCAAAAACCCUCAUAACCGCCCACCACAUUGGCUACACCUCGCCACGCGAAGAUCCAUCGGCAUACAUCCGCGCUAUCCUCGCCCUCCUAUCGGAUUACCGUUCCGCGGCGCCCACCGAUCCGGGCCCACUCCUCAUCAACUCGGCCGGGUGGAUAAAGUCUCUAGGCCUAGAGCUCCUCCGAGAAAUUAUCCAGGCCUCGUGCACCACCGACAUCGUCUACAUAACAUCGACGCUAGACCACUUAAUCCCAAUCAUGGACGUCCUCCCCCCAACAAACCCCCCGAGAAUGCACGUGCUCAUAUCCAGCGCUACCAGCGAGAACGCAAGAUUCACAGCAGCGGACCUACGCACACUACAAACCUCCUCUUUCAUACAUUACUGCCCAGACACCCUGCGCUGGGUCGUCAAGCCCCUCGCUGAAAUCCAGCCCUGGCGCCUCCCAUACGCCGGCACGCACCCAGCAAUCGAUGGGGUAUCCAUCCUUCACGAAGAAGACCUCCCCCCCACGGAACUCCUCACCGCCAUUGAGGGCACGCUAGUUGCUGUAGUGGAAGUCGACGAAGACGAAGAAAGCAUAACCGAGACUGCAAAAAUCGUUCUAACGCCAGAGGAACUCCCGUACCUACCCACCCCGCCCGCGCCGGAACGUUCCCGUGCUGUAGGGAUGGCGCUAAUUAAGGGCGUUGAUGUGGAGAAAAGAGAGGUAUGGGUUGUUGCUACGCUUAGUUCUGACGAUGCCGAGAGGCUGCGGGGGAAGAGAACUGUGCUUGUGCGUGGGAGGUUGGAGUUGUGCGCCGCAGAAAUGGUAGCGGGGGUCGGGGAGGAUUACACCAGACCGGGGGUGCCGUGGGUUAGUUUUGGUGGGGGGCGCACUGGCGAUGGGAAAGGUAGUAGUGCUUGGAGGGUUAGGAGGAAUUUGAUGAGGAAGGGGCAGCUUGGGCGGUAG